AUGGUCUCUUUCACGACCCUCAUCCUCACUAUACUGAGCAUAUCCUUCGUGGUAUUCGUCAUUUUCUUUGGUCGGAUCCCUGCAUUAAGAAACACUCCUAUAGCCACGUUAAAUAGGCUCAUUCUUGUCCAUGUCCCAAAUGGAAUCCUGGCCGUGGAUAAGAAGCUCACCGGUGGCCGGCUUACCACUGGUUUGCUUCGCUUCGGCCGCUACCUGAUGAAUGAUAGGCAUCCCACAGUCCUGAUAUUCUACAUUGCCCUCCUCGUAGGCUCGGAAUACCUCUUCCUCCCGGAAGCCUGGCAAUACCUAUCAACCUUCCACCGCGUCGCCGGAACGAUCGCCAUCAUCCUCCCCUACGUCUUCCUCUACCUAGCCGCAUUCACCGACCCGGGCUACAUCACCCACACCAACCACGCCUACCACAUGCAGCUCUACCCCUACGACUUCUCCAUCUUCCAGCCGGGCCACGAAUGCCGCACCUGCCGCUUCCUCAAGCCCGCGCGCUCCAAGCACUGCAACAUCUGCAAAAAGUGCGUCAGCCGCAACGACCACCACUGCAUCUUCAUCAACAAGUGCGUCGGCUACCGCAACCACCGCUGGUUCGUGCUUCUCCUCCUCUCCACGGCGGUCCUGGCCUCCUACGGUGCCCUCAUGGGCGUGUCCAUCAUGGCCGACCAGAUCAGGGACAAGUACCCCUUCUGGUCCAUCUGGCCCGCCAAGGACGUCGACUGGAGCCAGUACUUCUUCGCCUGGGGCUGGGGCCUCCAGGAGAAUCUCGGUAUCGGCGCCAUCACCCUCCUCACUGGCAUGCUGGCCCCCAUGAUCUGGAGCCUCCUCGCUUACACCAUGUUCCUCGUCUACUGCGGCACCACCACCAACGAGACCCUCAAGUGGUCCGACUGGAAAGUGGACAUGGAUGACGGCUUCGCCUUCCGCCGCCGCAUGUCUCCCAAUCGACAGAAGUUCACGACGAUAGAACCCGCUUGGACGAGGUGGCCCGUCGAGACCGAGCAGGUCCUCACGAGCUGCGAGAACGGUCAUCCCCCGCCAGAAGAUGCGCCGCUUCCUGGCGAGGGGCCCUGGGAGCGCGUGUGGAGGUUGAAAGAUAUUGUCAACAUGUACGAUCUGGGGCUGUGGGAUAAUCUGCGAGACGUUUUCUUCUUGGAUUAUGAUUUCCGCAGGGGGAGGCUGCCUUCUGGAGGUGGUCGGCUGAGGAGACAGAAGCCGCCGAAGGCGUCACCACUAUAG